GGAGACCAUUGCCUUCUACAACCUGACCAUCUGUGCCCGCGACAGGGGCGUGCCCCCGCUCAGCUCCACGAUGCUGGUGGGGAUCCAGGUGCUGGACAUCAAUGACAAUGACCCCGUGCUGCUGAACCUGCCCAUGAACAUCACCAUCAGUGAGAACACCCCCGUCUCCAGCUCUGUCGCCCACAUCCUGGCCAGUGAUGCUGACAGUGGCUGCAACGCGCUGCUCACCUUCAACAUCACUGCUGGCAACCGCGAGCAGGCCUUCUUCAUCAGUGCCACGACAGGGAUCAUCACCGUGAACCGGCCCCUGGACCGUGAGCGGAUCCCAGAGUACAAGCUGACCAUCUCUGUGAAGGACAACCCGGAGAACCCACGCAUAGCCAGGAGGGAUUUUGACUUUCUGCUGAUCUUCCUUUCGGAUGAGAAUGACAACCACCCCCUCUUUACUGAGAGCACCUACCAGGCUGAGGUGAUGGAGAACUCUCCCGCUGGGACCCCUAUCACAGUGCUCAAUGGGCCCAUCCUGGCCCUGGAUGCGGACCAGGAUAUCUAUGCCGUGGUGACCUACCAACUGCUGGGUGCCCAGAGUGGCCUCUUUGACAUCAACAACAGCACUGGCAUGGUGACGGUUAGGUCAGGGGUCAUCAUUGACCGGGAGGCUUUCUCACCUCCCAUCCUGGAGUUGCUGCUGCUGGCUGAGGACAUCGGGCUGCUCAAUGGCACAGCUGCCCUACUGGUCACCAUCCUGGAUGACAAUGACAACCGGCCCACGUUUAGCCCUCAUGCCCUCACCGUCCACCUGCUGGAGAACUGCCCACCAGGAUUCUCAGUCCUUCAAGUCACAGCCACGGAUGAGGACAGUGGCCUCAAUGGGGAACUGGUCUACCGAAUAGAAGCAGGGGCUCAGGACCGCUUCCUUAUCCACCCAGUCACCGGGGUCAUCCGUGUCAGCAAUGUCACCAUUGACAGGGAGGAGCAGGAAUCCUACAGGCUGACAGUGGUGGCCACCGACAGGGGCACGGUCCCUCUCUCGGGCACGGCCAUCAUCACCAUCCUCAUCAACGACAUCAAUGACUCCCGCCCCGAGUUCCUCAACCCCAUCCAGACGGUGAGCGUGCUGGAGUCGGCUGAGCCAGGCACUGUCAUUGCCAACAUCACCGCCAUCGACCGUGACCUCAACCCAAAGUUAGAGUACCACAUCAUCGGCAUUGUGGCCAAGGACGACACUGACCGCCUGGUGCCUGACCAGGAGGACGCCUUUGCCGUGAAUAUCAACACAGGCUCUGUAAUGGUGAAGUCCCCCCUGAACCGGGAGCUGGUUGCCACCUAUGAAGUCACUCUCUCAGUGAUUGACAAUGCCAGCGACCUACCAGAGCAUGCUGUCAGUGUGCCAAAUGCCAAGCUGACGGUCAACAUCCUGGAUGUCAACGACAAUACACCCCAGUUCAAGCCCUUCGGGAUCACCUACUACACAGAGCGGGUCCUGGAGGGGGCCACCCCAGGCACCACACUCAUCGCUGUGGCCGCCGUGGAUCCCGACAAGGGCCUCAAUGGCCUGAUCACCUACACCCUGCUGGACCUCGUGCCCCCAGGCUAUGUCCAACUGGAAGACUCCUCCGCAGGAAAGGUCAUUGCCAACCGGACAGUGGACUAUGAAGAGGUGCACUGGCUCAACUUUACUGUGAGGGCCUCAGACAAUGGGUCCCCACCCCGGGCAGCUGAGAUCCCUGUCUACCUGGAGAUUGUGGACAUCAAUGACAACAACCCCAUCUUUGACCAUCCCUCCUACCAGGAAGCCGUCUUUGAGGAUGUGCCUGUGGGCACAGUCAUCCUGACGGUCUCCGCUACUGACGCCGACUCAGGCAACUUUGCCCUCAUCGAGUACAGCCUCGUGGAUGGAGAGGGCAAGUUUGCCCUCAACCCCACCACGGGCGACAUUUAUGUGCUGUCCUCGCUGGACCGGGAGAAGAAGGACCACUAUAUCCUGACUGCCUUGGCCAAAGACAAUCCUGGUGAUGUAGCCAGCAACCGUCGAGAAAACUCCGUACAGGUGAGAGGCGCUGGCCUGGGCCAGGGACACUAUGGAUUGGGUUUCUGGAGGCAGCAAGCAAAACCUUUAGAGAAUGACUGCUGCAGAGUGGUGAUCCAGGUGCUGGACAUCAAUGACUGCCGACCACAGUUCUCCAAGACCCAGUUCAGCACGAGCGUGUAUGAGAACGAGCCAGUGGGGACCUCAGUCAUCACCAUGAUGGCCACCGACCAGGAUGAGGGCUUCAAUGCGGAAUUGGCCUACUCACUGGAGGGCCCCGGUGCAGGUAUGUAG